AUGGACCCUUAACUCGGCUGGAAGGAAGGAAGGAAGCAACACUCAUCCAACGAGCGCAGACGAGAGGGGCCGAGCGCGAGCGGAACGUUGUGCGCAAAGAAGCAAGCCCGUGGCUGCGGCAGUGGAGGAGAGCGGGGUGCCUGCGCGUCUCCAGGAGAACUGGGCGUCCGCCUCGAAUGGUCUCGGGAGCGACACGUUUCACUUAUUCCACAAGCGGAUGGCUGACUUUCCGCGGCGCUUUGUGAGGAGGAGAUGAUGAAGAAUUUCAGCAGCAGCCCACUUCACAGCAACGGCCAGACUCCCAACCACGUUAGAGAGCGAAACAACCGAAAGUACAGCGCACUCUCUGCGAUACCGUUGCGAUUCUCCUUGCGGGGUUAUGGUUUCUGCAUGGCUACGCUGUUCCUCUUCUGCUUCGGCUCCCUGUUUUAUCAGCUGAACGGAGGACCCCCUAAAAUUCUGCUGGACAUCCGACAGUAUCUCGGUGAAUCCACAUACCUGGACGAUCACGGCCCUCCUGCUCCAAGAGUGCUCCCGUUCCCCAGCCAGGUGGUGUAUAACCGCGUGGGGAAGUGCGGCAGCCGGACGGUGGUCAUCUUGCUGAGGUUACUGGCCGAGAAACAUCAGUUCAACCUGGUCUCCUCUGAUAUCCACAAUAAAACACGCCUCACAAAACAUGAACAGGUGGAUCUCAUGAAGAACAUCAGUAACAUCCCUCAGCCAUUCCUCUAUACACGGCAUGUUCACUUCCUGAACUUUACCAGGUUCAAGAUAGAGCAGCCGGUUUACAUCAACAUAAUCCGGGACCCCAUCAACAGGUUCCUCUCCAACUACUUCUUCCGUCGCUUCGGUGACUGGAGGGGUGAGCAGAACCACCUCAUCCGCACUCCAGGGAUGAAAGAGGAUGAAAGAUACCUGGAUAUCAAUGUGUGCAUUCUAGAGAAUUACCCAGAGUGCUCCAACCCCAGAGUGUUCUACAUCAUUCCCUACUUCUGUGGACAGCAUCCUCAAUGCAGGGAGCCUGGAGUUUGGGCUCUGGAGAGGGCCAAGCAGAAUGUGCUGGAGAACUACCUCCUUGUGGGUAUCCUGGAGGAGCUGGAGGAUGUUCUGCUUCUGUUAGAGAGGCUCCUACCUCAUUACUUUACUGGAGUACUCAGCAUCUACAAGAGCCCUGACUAUAAGAAGAUGGGGAACAUGACAGGCACCGUACGUAAACACACACCCACUCUGGAGGCCCUGCAGGUGCUGUACCACCGCAUGCGCUACGAGUAUGACUUCUACAACUUCAUCCGAGACCAGUUCCACCUCACCAAGAAGAAAAUUGGGCUCAAGUCUGUCUCCCAACCCCCCGCCCACUCAACGGCUUUCCUCCGGGAGCUGGCCCUCCGAACCCUGCAGCCUUUGGAUGAAGAUGAGGAGCUGGACGCAGACCUGGAGGAUGCUAACAACUGGCUGGUCCAUACCUAAGGGCUGUUGGAUGAACAGUGGAUGUAGCCCAAAAGGAAGCUGAUGUGUUGAAUUGGCUGGCGAUGGCUGGAGGCAGCCUGAGGGCAAAGGGGAGUGUUCCCCAACGUGGAGCAUUCCUAAGAAAAGUGAGGUUUGUUGUGUGGAUACUGAAGCUCGUGUUUUUUCGGGCUCUGUUUUCCAUCUUUUGCCAGUCUCAGCACUGAGGACUAUAGAGUUGAGUAAUUGGAAGGACAAAAUGCUUUAUUUAAAAACGUGACCAAGGACAGUGGGAAGUACCGUUUAGCUCAAUUUGCUUGACUCAAGUGUUGUUAUAAUUUGAGCUUGUUUUGGGGUUUGUUAAUGUCAAAUUUAACAAAAAAACACCAUUGCUGUAAUCUCCAGGAGAGAUCACAAGAUGUGGACGGUUAAAUGUGUUGGGAAAUAUUCUAAAUGUUGAUCGCUCGGGCAUUUACUGGAGGAGAGGACUUAGCCCAAGAUAGAGGUUCAUACGUGAUGAAAGGGAUGAUCUUGUCAAAGCUGGAAUGGGAAAUGGUAUCCACAAAUAAAAAGUACCAAAACCCUUUUUGUAUAUUAGCUGUCUAUGUUCCAAGUGCCAAACCCCACUAAGAGUUCCAGUAACUGACCAUAAACCUUUGUGCACAGCUGGUGGAGUUGUGAUAGUAUUGGUUUAUAACAUUUUGUUUAAUUUGUAAGAUAUUGAUAGGUAUAAAUGAGGGUUAGACAGUAAGCACCCAAUUAUGAAUUCAAAGAAUUCCAACUUUGUGUGCAUGAAUGAUUGAGUUUGACCAAACCAGUCGUGUGAUUCAGCAUGGAUUUAUUAUUAGGCAGGUCAUUUGUUGAGAGUCAGACACUAAAGUGAAUUUAUGGAGCGUAGUUUGUUCUAUCCAAAGUUUAAAAGAUUGAGCUUGCCAAAUACAAGUGUUUCUACUGCAAUGAAUUCCAAAAUUGUAAUAUACUGCAUUUUUGCAUUCUGAGGUGACUUUUUUAUUACAUUCUGAAGCAAAAUGAGGGAUGUGGUCACAAAACUUUAAACUAAUCUUCAUGCCAAACAGGAUUAUGUUUCUGUUUUAGGGUGUGAGUCCCAUUCAACAUAUUAUUAUGAAAGCGUGUGAAGUGUUACCAUUCUCAGCUCACACAAAAUGUCCAAAUAUCCAGCAGCUAUUCAGAGUACAUAUUUUUCAUCAAUCAUGUGAGAAAAAUAACCAUAAGAUAAUAUGUGACCGUUACCUACGUCCUACAUUCCACCAUCCUCAUCUCAAUUGUCUGUACCUUUUUCAUUGUCCUGGUUUGUGUUCAUUUUUUGCCCGUUUAAUUUAUUAUUUUGUAUUCGUUUGCAUUCCAGAUAAGAUUCUCAGGAAGGAAAAAAAGAUGUCUAAUAUCUUGAUCAUUUGUAUUUUGGUUUCUGGCGGCUAUGAAACUAUUUUUGGUAUUUUAAGGUUGUCUACAAUGGGUUUAUAUCAACAGCUGAAACUUGUUAACAACAACUAAUGCAGUCCAUCAUUUUAAAGUCUUCAGAAUAAAUGUCCUCUAACUAUUGCA